UUAGCUUUCAGUUCAUAGAAACGGCGCGAUCGAGCACACAGCACAAUAGUAGCUUCUAAGUUGUUGGGGUGGUUUAAACUCACGGUGCUUACUUUAUUUCCGCCCUUCCUUUUUCCCGUCGGAUGGUUUCGCCUAAUCGGGGUAACCUGUUGAUUCAUAGACGGCGUACUUCCGGAAGCAGUUAGUGGCGACGCAAUCAAGUGUGGACUUUUGGCACUCUUACAGAGAAAAGCCAUUCAUUGCUUCGAUUAAUCAUCGUAACAUUUGAACGGAGCUUCCUAACAAAAUUCGGAAUGGGCACUAACAAGUUUGAAGCUCCACCUGUCACCGAAAUGCAAGCCCCGCAGUUCAAAGACUUCGCCAAGGAGAUGGUGGACUACAUCGCCAACUACCUGGAGAACAUCCGCGAUCGCCGUGUCCUUCCGGAGGUUCAACCGGGAUACCUCAAGCCCCUUAUCCCGUCGGAGGCCCCGGAGAAACCGGAAAGCUGGGAAGCCGUGAUGGCCGACAUCGAGCGUGUCAUCAUGCCUGGUGUCACCCACUGGCACAGCCCCAAGUUCCACGCGUACUUCCCAACGGCCAACUCCUAUCCAGCGAUCGUGGCCGAUAUGCUUAGUGGUGCGAUUGCCUGCAUCGGAUUCACAUGGAUUGCUAGCCCCGCGUGUACCGAGCUGGAAGUCGAGAUGCUCAAUUGGUUGGGUAAAAUGCUUGGACUGCCAGAGGAGUUCCUAGCAAGCUCGGGAGGUCAGGCAGGAGGUGUCAUUCAGGGAACCGCUAGUGAGGCUACUCUUGUGGCGUUGCUCGGUGCUAAAGCUAAGGCUAUCAAGCGUACCCAGGAAGAACACCCCGAGUGGGAUGAAACCUACAUCAUUUCGCGAUUGGUUGGAUACACAUCUAAUCAAUCUCACUCAUCUGUAGAACGAGCAGGUUUGCUUGGAGGAGUUAAACUGCGUUCUCUCAAGGCCGACAGUAACCUGCAACUCCGUGGGGAAACUCUAGAAGAAGCCAUCAAACAAGAUUUGGCCGAUGGACUGAUCCCGUUCUAUGCCGUGUGUACCCUCGGAACGACUAACACGUGUGCUUUCGAUCGAUUGGAUGAACUGGGUCCAGUUGGUAACAAAUACAACGUAUGGAUCCACGUGGAUGCUGCCUAUGCCGGAUCGGCCUUUGUCUGUCCAGAAUAUCGUCAUCUGAUGAAGGGAAUCGAAACUGCUGAUUCGUUCAACUUUAACCCACACAAGUGGAUGCUGGUUAACUUCGACUGCAGUGCUAUGUGGCUGAAGGAACCGUACUGGAUCGUCAACGCUUUCAACGUAGAUCCAUUGUACCUGAAGCACGACAUGCAAGGAUCGGCUCCAGACUACCGUCACUGGCAAAUCCCAUUGGGCAGACGCUUCCGUGCUCUGAAGUUGUGGUUCGUGCUGCGUUUGUACGGUGUUGAGAACAUCCAAGCUCACAUUCGUCGUCAUUGCGCUUUUGCUAAGCAAUUUGAGGCUCUUUGUGUUGCAGACAGCCGUUUUGAAAUCUUCUCAACCGUUCAGAUGGGUUUGGUGUGCUUCAGAUUGAAGGGAAACAACGAAAUAAGCGAAGCUCUGCUCAAGAAGAUCAACGGACGAGGAAAGAUCCAUAUGGUGCCGUCAAAGGUUAACGAUGUCUACUUCUUGCGUAUGGCAGUAUGUUCUCGAUUCACCGAAGCCUCGGAUAUCGAGUACUCCUGGAACGAAGUCUCUGCCGUCGCUGAUGAACUGUUGGCCGAAAAGAAAUAAACUGGCGUUUCACAAUGUUCCUGAUGGCACAACGUGUCCAACUGUAUUACUCACUCACUCAAUCUCUCUAAUUAUUCUGAAUGGUAUAGAACUGCUAUGAUAGCUUAAUCUUCCAUGUAUUGUCCAAAUGCAACACUUGGAGUAAACUAAAAGGACCAUAAAAAAACAAUCACGCAAAAUAAUAAUAUAUUUGUGAAUAUUGAAAA